AUGUCUUCUACGAGUGGGACCCCCGAGGCCUCGUCCCUCGGGGCAUUUUUCUUUUUUGGUCUCCUUUGGAUCGUGGUCAUUGGCGUGUUUCCCCUGCUAGCGCUGGUGCACGUCUCUCCAGAUCAACAGCCCAAAGGUUGCCGGCGACUGGGUCUUUCUCCGGGACAGAGCAAUCUGGCCGAUGAAUAUGAUUCCAAAUACAACGAGGGUGUACCCAGUGAUCAGAAAGAAGAAAAUGGUUCCCCCUCAUGGCGCGUCAAAGCACUCUUCACCUAUCCGCUAAAAUCAUGCGGCGGCAUCGAACUACAAACUUCCGAUGUCGUAGGUACGGGCCUCAAAUACGAUCGCCAAUUCGCGUUUGCUGAGGAGACGGACGCUGGAUGGAAUUGUCGUACUCUCCGCAAUGCCGGCUUCCAACGUAUGGCUUUGAUUCACACGGAAGUCUGGGUUCCCGACCCUUCCUCACCAGACUAUGACGACCGUCGGCCGGAGAUGCAGUCGGACGGCGUGAUGAUCGUUUCAUAUCCGCGAGUCGCACCACCAGGUCCUUUGGGGAUGAUCGUCAAAUUCACCAUGGCAAUCCGCCUCCUCAAGUCUCGCUGUUCGUUCCAGGUUCCCCUCGUUCCGUCCAAGAACAGCAAGUAUCCAGUCGCUCCGGUCAGAAUCUGGAAAGACAAGCCUCUCGCCUACAACUACGGCAGUCUUCUUCCACCUUCGCUGCACACCUACUUGGGCUUUGAUCCCUCAAAGUCCCCUCUGAGUCUCUUCCGUGCCCAUCCAUCGCACAACCGGGAGAUUUUCCGUAAUGCACCUCGCAACGAGCAAAUCGGCUUCCAGCCCAACACUGCUUUUGCAGACGCAUACCCGAUCCAUCUCCUCAAUAUCGCCAGUCAUCGGGAUGUCGCUGCACGAUGUGCAGAGCCAAUCCCACGCUUGAGUAUUAGACGGUUCCGUGCGAAUAUCAUCGUCCAGGGCCCCGAGGCUUUUGCUGAGGAUCAGUGGAAGAGGAUGAUGAUUGGGGAGACGGAGAUAUAUGCCGCUUGUCGCACUGUCAGAUGUCGACUGCCGAAUGUAGAUCCUGAUACCGGAGAUCGGCAUAAGACAGAGCCGGAUCGGACGUUGAAGUCGUAUCGUCGGGUUGACCCAGGUGAUCGGACGAAUGCGUGCUUGGGGUUGCAGCUCGUGCCUGCUGUUGAGAAAUGUUCUCUCGCUGUUGGUGACGAGGUGCGGGUUUUGGAGAUGGGGGAGCAUCAGUAUAUUAAGAUGCUGGCGCCUGGAGAGAAGGUUGAGGGUGUAUGA